AUGGCAGCAGCCCCGACGAGGAUGAGGGCGUGGGAGUUCGCCUCGCGCGGCGCCCCGGCGGACAUCCUCUCCCUGAACCAGGCCCGGCCCCGGCCCACACUCCCGCCGGCGCUGCCGCUGCCCCGCGCCGCGCCGACCCCGGAGGAGGAGUGGAUCCUCGUGCGCGUGUCCCGCGCCGCGCUCAACCCGGGCUCCUUCUUCCACAUGCGCCUCGUGCCGGCCUCGCUGCGGGCGUCGACGGCGGUCCCGGAGAUGGACCUCGCCGGGUCUGUCGUCGACGUCUGGGCUCCUACGCCGUCUCCUUCUGCGGCACCAGUGUCGGCAACGGAGCAGACAAGUGGCAGUGGUGUUGUCGUUGGUGGUGGGUUCCAGAAGGGCGACAGGGUGGUCGCCUUCCUGCCCAUCUCGUUCACGUACCAGACGGGGCUGGGCGCGCUGGCCGAGUACGUGGCGUUCCCGGCAAAGUACGCGGUCAAGCUGCCGGAGCACGUGCGGGAGAAGGACGCGGUGGGCGUGAUACUGGCCGGGUGCACGGCGUGGGAGGUGCUGAGGGAGGCCCGGAUCGGGGCGGGCGACAGGGUGCUGGUCAACGCGGCGAGCGGCGGGAUCGGGACGUUUGUCGUGCAGAUGGCGAGGCACAUCGUCGGAGACGAGGGGAGAGUCGUCGGUAUCUGCUCGGGGAGGAACAGGGAGCUGGUUCUGGGGCUGGGUGCGGACGAGGUGAGUGUUCUCUUCCUAGCUUUGCACCCAACCGGGGUUGGGCAUGUGCAGGUGAUUGACUACACGGCAUACGACAACCUGUCCGAGGAGCUGGGCAGGCGCUACGGCGACAGGCCCUUCGACGCCGUGGCCGACGCGCUCGGCAUACAGGCCCUGUUCGGCAGCUGCGCGCUGUACCUCCGCGAGGGCGGCAUAUACGCCUCCGUCGGGAUCAAGCCUGCGGCCUGGAGCUACGGGCACUUCCUGUCGGCGGCGUGGCGGAUGCAGCUCAACGCGUACUGGCCGCUGUCCCCGUGGCUGGGCGGCACGGGCAGGACGUGGAGGUGCCCGGCUGUGAUGGACCCGGGCAGAGAGCUGGUGGGGACGGUGGUGAGGCUGCUGGAGCAAGGCAAGAUCAAGGUCGUGGUGGAUAGCGAGUGGAAGUUCGAGCUGGUCAAAGAAGCAUACGACUAUCUCGAGUCGAGGAGAGCGAGAGGGAAAGUUGUGGUUGUGGUGGCCGAGGAAGAGUGCAGAUAG